UGAUCAUGUUAAGUAAAUCCUUUUACAUGAAGUUAAUGAACUCUGACCUUCAGGGAGACCCUAGCGUUAUUAGUGUGGGAAAUGGCGGAUGGUUCUGGAAGCAAAAAGAGAAAGUUAGAAGAGGAAACUAAAGGAGACAGCGAGGAGGACAGUAUGAACGUUAUAUUAGCUCUUUUUGGGUCAUUCAAUCCUGUCACCUUCUUACAUCUUAGAACUUUUGAGCUUGCUCGUGAUUACCUUACUAAGAGAAGAGGCUGGAAUGUGAUAGGUGGAGUCAUAUCUCCAGUCCACAUUGCUUAUGGGAAGAAGGGUUUGCUGUCUAAUGAACAUCGUCUAGCAAUGGCAAGGGCAGCAACACAGGACUCUGACUGGAUAAGAGUUGAUGAUUGGGAGUGUUCACAAGAAGGUUGGACAGAGACAGCAAAGGCUCUUAUUGAAGUUGAGAAAUGUCAAAUUGCAAAGCAUCCUAGAGAUAACAUCAAGUUGAGGUUUCUUUGUGGAGGUGAUCUACUUGAGUCGUUUGCCACCCCUGGCCUGUGGAGCGAUGAAGAUAUUGAAACAAUACUCACUAGAUUUGGUUUGGUUGUCAUAUCAAGGCAUGGCUCUAAUCCAGAGAAGUUUGUAUAUGAAUCAGACAUACUUCAAAAGUUUGAGAACCAAAUUGACAUUGUCACUGAAUGGAUUCCAAAUGAUGUCAGUGCCACUAAAAUUAGGCGUAGCUUAAAGAGAGGAGAGAGUGUAAAGUAUCUCAUUCCAGACCCUGUCAUUGACUAUAUCAAGAAACAUAAUUUGUAUCAGGAGGACUAGUUCUCAAGCACUAAAGACAAUAUGUACGUAUUUCAAUACUCAAUUAUCAAAUUGUUGUUUUUUCAAAUUGUUUUGUAUUGUUUUCCUCA